GGUCCUUUGAUCAUAUUUUAAUUGUCAAGGAAAUAAUUCUUCUCGUUCCUUUACGAGUUUCUCUUACCCUAUAAAAUCAAUUUCUGAACUUUUUCGGACUCUCUUUCAUCUCUGGAUUUAGGUGGCCUCCAUUUGGUUGUGCACUGAUUCAUCCACUGUUCAAGAAACAUGGCGGAAUUCAUUCCUCAAACUGGGAUGAGAUCUUUUGCGCAGGCUGCCGCUUCUGAGGAGGUCGCAGCUCCCCUGAGAGUCGUUCAGAUUGAUGGAUUGGUUGUAUUGAAAAUUAUAAAGCACUGUAAAGAAUGCAUGCCUGCUCUUGUCACCGGACAACUUCUGGGUUUGGACAUUGGAAGCGUUUUGGAAGUUACGAACUGUUUUCCGUUUCCGAGCCGUGGAACUGAAGAAGAGGAUGAAGCCGAUGCUGAUGGGGCUAACUAUCAACUUGAAAUGAUGCGAUGUUUGAGAGAAGUAAAUAUCGAUAAUAAUACAGUUGGAUGGUACCAGUCAACUUACAUGGGAUCUUUUCAGACUGUGGAACUGAUCGACACAUUUAUGAAUUACCAGGAGAAUAUCAGAAGAUGUGUGUGCAUUAUUUAUGACCCGGUUAGGUCAGGACAGGGUGUUUUGGCAAUGAAGGCAUUGAAACUUCAGGAAUCUUUCAUGGAUCUCUACAAGAAUCAAGAGUUCACUGGCGAAAAGUUGAGAGAGAAGAAUCUGACAUGGGUGGAUAUCUUUGAAGAGAUUCCUGUUAAAAUUUCAAACUCUACGCUUGUUAGUGCCAUUAUGACUGAGUUGGAAACUGAUUCACCAGUGACCCAGGGCGACUAUGACAGGCUGGCACUGUCCACAAACCCUUUUAUUGAAAAGAAUCUCGAGUUUCUAAUUGAGUGCAUGGAUGAUCUUUCAGGGGAACAGCAAAGGUUUCAAUAUUAUUAUCGCAAUCUUCAACGGCAACAAACUCAACAGCAGACUUGGCUACAGAAAAGAAGAGCUGAUAACUUGGCACGUAAAGCAGCUGGUGAAGAACCAUUACCUGAAGAAGAUCCUUCAAAUUCAAUUUUUAAGCCAAUCAUUGAGCCCUCCCGACUUGAUAGCUACCUCAUAGUCAAUCAAGUUGCUAAUUAUUGUGAUCAAAUUAAGGGGUUUUCUGGACAGAGUUUCUGCAGACUGUAUUUAAUGGAUGCAGUUCACGAGAAUUAAGACUUAUUAGUUAACAUUUCUCUUUGAUGGGACAUUUGAAUUUGAUGCGAUGGUGCGAGGUUUUCCGAACUCCUUUGAAGGAGAUUUUAAGGUGAAUUAUCUUUAAAUGUUGAAAGAGGUUCUAGCCAAGAGCACCUUUGCAGUUUUGCUGUGUUCGAUAGUAAUCAUUGUGAGAUCUGAAAUGGUGUCAUUUCAGAAGAACUAGUAAUUUUUAAAUUUUUUAACUAUCCCAGGGAGAGGCAUCAGCAUGUUGUCUUCCAAGUUUUAGCGAUACAGAUUUAUCUUCCUAGUUGGCUGAUUUGCAAUCAAAGUUGAGUUUGUAGCAUUUCCUGUAGGAUUCAAUGCUAAUUUUUUUUUGCCUGAUAUGUUUUGAAGGAUAAUCUUCUCAAUCAAAUGCCUCAUUAUUUACUGUCUACAA